GACAAAAUCCCGCGCAACCUCCGAGCCGUCGUCGCACGCAGAGCUUGGCGAGAGGGCGAGCGAGCGUUAUCCUCGCAGCAACCACGAGGCCGGAGUCACGGUGGAGAGGCCACGUGGCGUCGAAGCUUCGAUCGCUCAGCGGAUAGGCCUAUCUAUCUCCUCUCCCCUUGAUCUCUUAUCCUCCCGCUCUGUGUCUCUCCCGCUCUCCUUCUCUUAUAAACAAGGUUCCAAUUCAUCUCUUCUACGCCGCAAGCGAGAGAGAAGGAGAGAACAGCAAGCAACCCGGGGAUCAUGGAUCACGCGGCGGAUGCGCUUCGGACGGAUCUGAUGACGAUAACACGGCACGUGCUGAACGAGCAGACCAAGCACGCGGAGUCACGGGGGGACUUCACCAUCCUCCUUAGCCACAUCGUCCUCGGCUGCAAGUUCGUCUGCUCCGCCGUCAACAAGGCUGGCCUUGCUAAGCUCAUUGGACUUGCUGGAGAGACGAAUGUCCAGGGUGAAGAGCAAAAGAAACUGGAUGUGCUUUCAAAUGAAGUCUUUGUCAAAGCUUUGAUAAGCAGUGGCCGUACAUGUAUUCUUGUUUCAGAAGAGGAUGAGGAGGCAACGUUUGUGGAUCCAGCACUGCGUGGAAAAUACUGUGUUGUCUUUGAUCCACUGGAUGGUUCCUCUAACAUAGAUUGUGGUGUUUCCAUUGGAACGAUUUUUGGGAUUUACAUGGUUAAAGAUAAGAAUGAAGUGACUAUAAAUAAUGUAUUGCAACCGGGGAAGAAUAUGCUGGCAGCUGGUUAUUGCAUGUAUGGAAGUUCUUGCACGCUUGUAUUGUCCUCUGGAAAUGGUGUCAAUGGUUUCACACUAGAUCCAUCUCUUGGAGAGUUCAUACUGACUCAUCCAAACAUAAAGAUACCAAAGAAAGGCAAAAUAUAUUCAGUGAAUGAAGGAAAUGCCAAAAACUGGGAUGGACCUACAGCAAAGUUUGUUGAGAAAUGCAAAUUUCCUAAGGAUGGUUCCUCACCAAAAUCUCUGAGAUAUAUUGGAAGCAUGGUUGCUGAUGUUCAUCGCACCCUUCUUUAUGGAGGCAUCUUUUUGUAUCCUGCAGAUAAGAAGAGUCCAACUGGAAAACUACGCGUUCUGUAUGAGGUGUUCCCCAUGUCAUUCUUGAUGGAACAAGCUGGUGGUCAAGCUUUUACAGGAACGCAGCGGGCCCUUGACUUGGUUCCAACCAAGAUUCAUCAGAGGUCUCCCAUAUUUCUUGGCAGCUAUGAUGAUGUUGAGGAAAUUAAAUCACUUUAUGCUGCUGAAGAGUGCAAUGCCUGAUCUAGAGAUGCUUCCUUGCUUGCAUAUCAAAUUCCAACAAUCUUCUAUAUUGUUAUUAUAACCAGUUCUCUUGUCCAUUAGGAGGCAAGGCAUGAUACUUUUCUAAGCCUUUCAUAACAAGCUUAUUAAUUUAAUCAAUUCAGUGAUAAAUUUUAUUUU